AACGACACACAAAACAUAUAAACUCUUCUCUUUGUUGGCUUUCUCAAGAAUUAUCAAUGGAGGCAAUGAAGAUGAAACUCUUUGUGGCUGUUUUAGUGGUCGGGAUGGCCUUCUCUGCCAUGCAACAGGCUGCCGCCGUGGAGGCUCCGGCUCCGAGCCCUACCUCUGAUGCUUCUUUGUCUAUCCCCACUUUUGUCGCUACCGUAGUCACUAUGGCAUUUGGGUUUCUCUUCUAAUCAAAUUUGUUUUUGACUUUCUAGUUUAUAUAGAAAUCAUAUCUUGAUUUCAUAUCUGCUUUCACUCAUGUAUUGUUUAAAGACUGCCACAUCCGAAUAUUAAUAAAAACAGCUAUAUCACUU